UGAUAUGCUGUGUUCCACAUACCUGGACACUUUAAUCAGAAUGAGAUGCCCCAAAUUCCACACUGUCACGGCAUUGUUUAUUUUGUUGCGACGUGCGACAACUUUUCCGACUGAACCCAAGUCGCUGAUUGUUACAGUUCCUCAUCGACAUAUUGAUGAUCCUUUGGGUGGGACUUGAGCGUGGAGAAGGACCACAAGUUCCUGUUUCAAAGAGUUGUUCCCUGCUGGUGCUAGAGAAUCACAGUGUUGCCAAUUUCAGACCUGCUGACUGAAGAGCAAAGGAGGAGUUUGAAAGGUGACGAAGGGUGAAGGCCGAUGGCUGGGCGGCUAUUGGUAGAGUUGGAGAGCAUUCAGUUGAAAACCAAAACAUUAAAUUUCUUUGCAGUGAAAUCUUUUGCUGUUCUGGACUUCAAAAACGAAUCGAAAAGAGGACAAUUUCGUACAUUACAAGCUCCUGCACCAGACAGGGGUUACCAUUGGGGAGAAACUUUUGACUUCGAUGUGGAAGCUGAUCCGAAGGCGGAUAAAAUCUGGGUGUCUGUUUACAAGGAAAAAAGCAAGUUUGAUAAGAAAAUUGGAGGAUGCGAGAUUCUGCUUUACGAUGCAACUGUUAUGAGAGGGGAGCCCUCAAGGUGUAAAUAUCAAUUAACAGACAAAAAAUCUGGAGGUUCAAGCACUGGUGAAGUUACGAUAGUCGUGAGGUUCUAUCGAAAUGCUCCGCAGCUUCAGGCGGCGCUUCAACACACUCAAAAUGAGGUACUGAGGCUGGAGAGAGAGUUGAAGUUGAAGACCGAAGUUGAGAGAGCACUAAUUGUUUCGGGAUCACCCGCGUCGACCAGAAACACUGCCCCUGCUCCCUUGGGUAUUGGAGGCUUGACUGCAACGGUACGCAAGGUGGAGCAGUGGAGAUUGCAGACCCAACUGAUGAAACUAGAAAAUGAAAUGAAAUGGGCGGAGAACGAGACAAGGUGGGAGGAGAACCGUGCGAAGUGGGCAGAGAACGAUGCCAAAAGGCGGGAAAACAGUGCAGAAUGGGAAAAGAACCGUGAGAGAUGGGAAGCAAACGAUGCCAGAUGGCUACAGACUGCUCUAAGAAUUUCUGAGGGUCAAGCAAAGCAGACUUACAGCAUGUUGGAGACAUGCAAAGAGACGCUGAAAACCGACAUUGUGAAUUUCGGACAUCAACUCCACGUCAUGAUCGUAGCUGUGAAAGUGUGGUUCAGUCAACAAUGAGCCAUAUCCAGUUCAGAUCUUCAUUUAACUCCAAGUUGGAGCUCAACAUCAAACUUGGGGCUGGAGGUUGCUUUACAUGAAGCUUACAAGUUUUGCAACAUCAUCUUGUCAUUCUGGCAUGUCAUGUGUAGCAGGAAUACACUUAGUUAAUGCGGAGGUUGUCGAUCAGUCCCUUCUAGAAGACGCACACACUCUGUCUCCCAAAACAUGCGCGCUGAUCAAUGAUCUUAUACAAUCAAUAGUUAACGAGCUUGGCUACUGGCAUAAUGAUUUUAAGAUAUAUAUAUAUAUAUAUAUAUAUAUAUAGAUAUUUUUGUUUUAUUUAUUUUC